AUGCAUUUAGAUCUAGGAGGUGACUGUGGAGAGAAGGUGCCUCUUGAUAUAGUUUUGUAUAACCUCCUCUUGUUUAUUUUUCAGAAGAAAGGACAUGUUAAUCUACAUGUGUUUGAAGACUGGUGUGGAAGUACUGUUGACCAACUCAGGAAAAACUUGCAUUUUCCACUAUUUCCUCAUGUAAGGAGAACACUGAAGAAACUCGCUGUGGCUCCUCAAUGGAAGAACUACGGACUUCGCAUUUUUGGUUUCUUGCAUCCCCCUGAAGACGGUGAAUAUCUGUUUGCUUUAGCUGCAGAUGACAAUGCUGAGUUUUGGUUGAGUUCAGAUGAGAAGCCAUCAGACUUGAAACUACUUGCAAGGAUUGGCACGACUGGAAAGGAAUGGACAGCUCCAGGAGAAUUUGGAAAGUAUCGAAGCCAGGUAUCCAACCCAAGAAGAUUGGUGGCUUCCAAAAUGUAUUACUUUGAAGUACUCCACAAGCAAGAUAACAAAGGCACUGAUCACGUGGAGGUUGCGUGGAAGCUGAACCAGUAUGGAUUGCCAUUCAACAUCAUUGAUUCCCAGUACCUCUCUCUGUUUGUUGAUGAAUCUUCCUUCAGGAUGGAUGAAGUACAGCAUAUUCCGCAGACAGUGGCUAGUCAUGGAAAAAUUUCUCAUCGCUCCCCUCCCAAUAAAGACCACCCUUCUGAAAUGCACAUUGCAGAUCCUAGAGAUACCUUUUUUAAACGUCCACUUAUUGAUGACUCCCGACUGUAUCACAUAUUGCCAAGCUGUGCCUACAUGCCCAGUUACCUAGUUAAAGGAUAUCCAUUACACCGUUACCAAGGAUUACAGUUUGUUCGCCUUUCCUAUGUCUACCCAAAUGACUAUACAAGACUAACUCAUAUGGAAUCGGACAACAAAUGCUUUUAUCAUAUGAAUUCAUAUGCAAUGAAAAGGUAUGGAUUUUAUCAUUACAUGAAGAUGGACAUAGAUGAAGACUAUGAGGAAUAUCCUUUGCUGAAUAAAACAGAUAAAUAUUUCUAUGUUUCAGACACGGAGGAGGAGAAUGAAUAUGUUUAUGAGGAUGAGCAUAAAGACAAAGAGCAGCAAGCUAAGAAAACAGAAGAAGGUGAGGAAGAUGAGAAGGAGGUACAUGUGAAAGCAGAAAUACAGGAUGACAAUGGUGAAGGUUAUCAGGGUGAUACACAAGAAAAACAACAGAAAGACUACGGAGAUGAUGUUGAUGAUUAUAACAUGAACAGAAAACGGAAACUGUUCUCAGUUGACAAUUAUGCUGAAGUCCCAAUAAUAGUUCCCAGAAGGAAAAAAUCAUCUGUAAAGAGUCUUCGUGUAGACCCAGUAAACCAAACUAAAAGUCCACAGAGUGAUAAGCCAGAUUUUGGUGAGGAAUUCACAACAAAGUCAUCAGUUAAAGUGGAUGGAAAGGGGGCUACAUCAAAGCAACACACCAUUAAGAAAAAACGCAAAGUUCAUAAACAACAAUCUAAAAUGCAUAUUGUGCAUCAAGAAGUGACAGAGCAAGAAAGUAUGACCCAAACAGCAGUACUGAAGGUGACAGUAACUAGUAAAAUGACUACCAUUCAUGUACCUAAGGAGGGAGAACCACCUGCAUUCAGGAGUAGUCUAAAUGGAACUGCAAAAUCUAAUAUUACAGAACACCGUAGGAAAAAAAUAAGUAAAACAAAAAGCUUAGAUUUUAAGUUGAAAAUGAAGGAUAGAGACCAUGAAUCCAAAACACUGGAAACCAAGCUACAUAAGACCGUUGGCAUUUCUCCUGAGGAUCAAAACUUGGUUACUGCAUACCCGAUGAAAGAAAAGCUGAAGCUCAAAAAGAAAGCUGUGUCACAAGACAGUGAACAUAAUCGUUUCACUAAUGUGAAGUUACACCAAACUAAUUCUUUUUCCAACGGUACAGUUGUCACUUACGGUCCAGUGGAGGAAACCGUGACUGCAGAAGGAGAUGAAGUGGACAAUGAAGAAGAAGAAUUGGAAACAUUAUCACAUAAGGCUUUAUAUGACCAAGCAGUGAACUGGGGGCAGACUUUCAGUGUGGAAAACCUUGAUUUCCAUACCUUGCGUAAUGACUGGAUUGACCUUUCUUGCAAUGUUUCUGGGAACCUUCUUCUACGUGAGGAUGAGGUCCUGAAUCUGGUGGAUGCCUUCAUGAAUAAUCUUAAUGACGGGAGUAAUGGGAUCUACAAACUGCAGCAAAUUGUGAAUGUUGAGAAGCGUGCAGAUUGGCUACGUGGAGCCCGUUAUCUUUUAGAACUGGAGCUGCUGGAGAACGAUAAAGAGGUCCGUCUGUCACGCUUUGUCUAUGCUCUUAACAAGAAAAGAUUCAGAAGAAAGAAGGCACAAGACAAACUUAAGAAGAAAGAGAGGCAGCUGUUAUCAGAAAAAGAACCCCUUUUAUGCUGGCCGUCUGGGCUUCAGUGGAGACGGGAUGUGGUGGUCCAUAUUAUUGUACCUGUGAAAAAUCAAGCCCGUUGGGUCCUACAGUUCAUAUCAGACAUGGAAGACCUGUAUUCUGCCACAGGAGACAGCAAUUUUAAUGUUAUUAUAUCAGACUACAAUAGCACAGACAUGGAUAUUGAACUAGCUCUGAAGAGGAGCUUCAUACCAAGGUAUCAGUAUAUCAGACUGGCUGGUAACUUUGAACGUUCUGCUGGCCUUCAAGCUGGAAUAGAUCUUAUUAUGGAUGACCACAGUAUCAUUUUCUUAUGUGACCUUCACAUGUAUUUCCCAGUCAACAUCUUAGAGAAUGUCCGGAAGCACUGUGUAGAGGGCAAGAUGGCCUUUGCUCCCAUCAUAAUGAGGCUAAACUGUGGAGCAUCUCCCCAGGAACCUGAUGGAUUCUGGGAAGUCAAUGGGUUUGGUUUGUUGGGAAUCUACAAAUCUGACCUGGAUGCAGUUGGCGGAAUGAAUACACAGGAAUUUCACGACCGCUGGGGUGGAGAGGACUGGGAACUACUGGACAGGAUUUUUGAAGCAGGGCUUGAGGUAGAGCGACUUUACAUGAGAAACUUCUACCACCAUUACCACUCCAGGCGAGGAAUGUGGAACAGACGCAUGAUGAAGAUGUUGUAACAUAAGCUGAAAGGGGCCAUAUUCUGCUCAUGUGCACAUUGCUCACUCAUGCAAUGUAAUCUGAUAACUUCACCCCAUGGACAGAAUCAAGUUCAAUGAAAAGAAGUCUUGUUUAUGUCCCAGGCGUCCUUAGAGGGAUACCAUCAAUGGUUAUGUUUCUUUUGCUUGAUACUGUUGGUGGCCCAGGGAAUUUCUCAACUGAAAAGUGUUCCUCUGGGUAAACAUAAUUAAAUAACUUGGAAAUCAUUGGGGCAUGGAAACCCAAUUAUAUCUGAAAGUAGGAGGAAAGAGAAACUUUGACAGGUGACUGUUAAUUAGAAUUGCCAUAAACAUUUGUACAGCAAGAUAUUUAAAGUAAGCCUGUGGUCUUUUUAAAUUAAAAAAAAAAAUAUUGACUGUUUUAGUGAAAAGCCGACAAUGAAGAUUAUUUUUAGGACAACUCUAAAGGUGCUGGCACCCACUUCAUGUGCUUGUUUUGGUUCCCAUUCUGUGCUCAUCACCGUGAUGCCUGUGCUUUUGGUUGGGUUCAAAACUUGAAGGAUACAAGAUGCUUGCCCUUAAGACAUUUUUAGGGAAAAAAAGUGUCUCCUGUAGAACUGAUAACACUGUCAUAUAAUGUUUUUUCCCCACCUUUUAGCUACCUCUAAUGUUAUUUUUAUUGAUACUGUGAAUACCUCUGAAGAAAACAGUGCUCCACUAUUAACUGGGUGACAGCCGUGCAAGUUAUAGGAUUUCUAGUUGUUAA